AUGUCUCGCCCCCAAGUCGCAGCGAGGGCCAUGGUCACACUCCGCCCGACAUGGGCAAUGCCGAUAACAAGGAUGUCAAUCGUGAGUGUCGAUGCUUGCCGCAAGAUGAAGAUUCGAUGUAUCGACAAGGAGAACCCACCGUGUAAGCGGUGCCGGAAUAUGAAGCUCGAGUGCAAGUUUGCUCCAGUGGUUGUGCGGAUGCGACUCCCUGGCGAGGACAUUGGGGACACGAGCAAGUCCCGCCUUGAUCUUCUCGAGGGACAGGUAUCCAACAUGAACCGCAAGCUGGAUGACAUCUCGACGUUUCUUCUGCGGAUGCCUAUGGCGCAGUCCACCAGCGCGCCAGCCGCGCCUGCACCUGCACCUGCACCUGCACCCACCGGUCCACGGAGCCAAAGUGCAGAUGGCAGCUCUCCCCGGUACGACCAGCGGCAGUCCGCAGAGCGCUCGCCGUCCAACUCGAACCUCAUUGCCCGGCAGUCAAGUUGGGCAACGUCGACGCACCAUCUCAAGUCGACGCCCUCAGUUGUCUAUGCCAACUCGACGCCCUCCGACACCAUGGGGGCGCCUAGCGACCACUAUCGCACAGCUCCGACCCGCUCGCCGCUGUCCCGUGCCCCGAGGUCGAAUUCCGAGGAAGACGACCCCCUCGAGUCCGCUGUGCGCAUGGAGGCGUUCCGAGGUCUGACCGACCGCGAGGAGGAAGUUCGGCUGCGUGAUGAGGGUGGCGGGGCCAUCGAUGAGAGCGAAGGCCUGCACUACCGCCCCACGCUCCAUCCCAACUCGAGUUUGAGAAGCACCAAGCGCCGUCGUGCGCUCGACGACGACGGAUGGAGUCAACACAGCCCCAAAGAUAAGAUGCGGCAAGGAACUGACCCCAUCGAGCUGGGUCUUUGCUCGGAAUCAGAGGGCAAGGAGCUGUUUGACAGAUUCUUUGCCUUUUCGCAUCAGUUUGUGCCCAUCUUGGAUCCGAGAGAGGACACAUGGGACGAACUGCGUCGUCGCUCGCCAUUCCUCCUAACUGUCCUUCUCCUGGCUGCCGCAAGGGCUAGGGAAGGGGCGGGGCCUCCCUCGCCGCUCUCCAAGCGCUUCAAGGAGCAUUGCGAGCAUCUAGCUAGACUUACCUUGUUCUCCCCUGUAUCGGCACUCGAGACAGUGCAGGCUUUGACACUGCUCACCUGUUGGGGUGACUCGACGUGGCGUCUGUGUUGCCAUGCCACUACGAUUGCCGUGGAUAUGGGUCUCUUCAAGUGCAUCCCCUAUCUACUGAGGAUGCGGGACAGCUGGAACAAGUCCCCCGAGUUCCUAGAGCGUCAACGGCCCCUGAUCAUCGGUGCUCGUAUUUGGCUGGCCCUCGUCAAGCUCACAUACGAAAUGUCGCUAAACUACCAUCUCCCCCUCCCGUUCCCCGCUCCAACCCAUUUCAAGGCCGAGCAGACCAGAGCUAUCCUCGACCAUCCAUUGGCCACGACCCUGGAUGCUCGAUUCAUGGUGUCUGUCGAGCUGCUUCAAGUUCGAGAGCCGCUCCUGAGGCCAUAUGAUGCCGACGCGGUACGCGACCCAGCCGAAGUGGACCAUCAGCUGCGCGAGAUCAACCACCAGAUCAGGACUAUCUACGAGCACUGGUGCGACCAUUAUCACCGUAUCGGCGUCCCAGACGACCACUUCCUGGUAGAAGAACUGGGCCGACACAGGGCAUAUGCGACGAUCUACGCCAACUCAGUUGCGCUCGUUGGCGUCCGCGAGCCAUCCGAAGUGUCAUCGCUGUCCCUCGAGCGACGCCAGUGGCUUGGUUCGGCCGUACGCGCUGCUGCCUACCUCGUUGCGUCGAUUGGCAGCGACCAUCCCGAAAGGGCGGCAGAGUUUGUCACUGGUAACCACUUCUUCUACGUCGGCGUCGUUGCCAUGGCCCGCUACCUGAUCCGCAUGGUCAGCCUCUUCCCCGAGGUGUGCGAUCUACACCAAGUAAGCUUCGACAUUGACAAGCUCCUCCGCAAAAUGCCGGAAUUCUCGUUCGUAGAGAUGCUACGGGCGACGCUGGCGCGAUCGCGGCGCCAAGGCAUCUUGCCGUACACACCCCUCAGCCACCCAAGUCCAGAGGACCCAGCGCCGCCCCGUCCGGUGCAAGAACCGCAAAACGGGGAGGAGCAGCAGCCGCCUCUCAACUUUGUGCCCAUGCAAUUCCCGUGGGGCGGCUUGGAGCAAGGCGAGCAGCUCGGACAGAUGGGAGGCGUCAACGAGAUGACCGACGACGUCCUUGGCAUGGCCGAUCUGGCGGCGUGGUUCCCGCUGGGCGAUGCCCAAACUCCCCUCGAUCUCGACGGCAUCUCCAAAAUGGAUGCCCAGCUGGAGUCGUGGAUCUCUGGCGCCUGGUACCCAGGCGCGGGGCAAGCUUGAUGAACCACAACGGCGUCGUGGUAGCUGCACAGUCGACCCUCACGCAUACACAUUCACGCGUUUGCCGUAUGGGGGUUGUGGUGAUGUUGUUGUUGCUUAGUUCCCUCGUGCACACGGCCGCCCCAUCAGAUGUAUCUAGAAGCAGUAACAUGCAUGGGCGGAGACGGGAUACGUCGCAACCUUAUGCACCAGCCGCUCAGUUGUCGCUUACGGCAGCGAUGACAGAGGCAGCCGGAGGUAUCGAGCGGCGGGUGUCGGAGCGGGACAGGUCCGUCUGCCGCCUGGGAACAG